AUGCCCCCUACAUACACUCCACCACCAUCCGUUCCGGAUGACAUAAAUGAGGACAUAAGUGACGAAGAGAUUGCGUUCUUGGAAGGCGAGGAUUACGAGGUCGUUAAUGAGCCUGAUCAGGAUCUCGGUGGCUAUGAAGAUGAUGCCAGCGACAUGGAAGACCUGGCUCCUCAACAAGACGACUGCAAGUUCCUUCUUAAAAAGCACAACGGUAAGUCCGAAUUUAACAAUAAAUCUGAGGAUUUUUACAAGAAAAUUCCUGGAACUCCAAACUGGCCUGAGCUACGUUAA